AUGGAUAUUACAUCAUCAGUACAGUUUGAAGCCUUGGGUGGAGGGGGCGGUUUGGCUGCGGCGGCCUUGGGUGGAGGGGGUGGUUUUUCUGCAGCUGCCUUCGGUGGAGGGGGUGGUUUCGCUGCGGCUGCCUUCGGUGGAGGGGGUGGUUUUGCUGCGGCUGCCUUCGGUGGAGGAGGUGGUUUUGCUGCGCCUACCUUCAGUGGAGGGGGUGGUUUUUCUGCAGCUGCCUUCGGUGGAGGAGGUGGUUUUGCUGCGCCUACCUUCAGUGGAGGGGGUGGUUUUUCUGCAGCUGCCUUCGGUGGAGGAGGUGGUUUUGCUGCGCCUACCUUCAGUGGAGGGGGUGGUUUUUCUGCAGCUGCCUUCGGUGGAGGAGGUGGUUUUGCUGCGCCUACCUUCAGUGGAGGGGGUGGUUUUUCUGCAGCUGCCUUCGGUGGAGGAGGUGGUUUUGCUGCGCCUACCUUCAGUGGAGGGGGUGGUUUUUCUGCAGCUGCCUUCGGUGGAGGAGGUGGUUUUGCUGCGCCUACCUUCAGUGGAGGGGGUGGUUUUUCUGCAGCUGCCUUCGGUGGAGGAGGUGGUUUUGCUGCGCCUACCUUCAGUGGAGGGGGUGGUUUUUCUGCAGCUGCCUUCGGUGGAGGAGGUGGUUUUGCUGCGCCUACCUUCAGUGGAGGGGGUGGUUUUUCUGCAGCUGCCUUCGGUGGAGGAGGUGGUUUUGCUGCGCCUACCUUCAGUGGAGGGGGUGGUUUUUCUGCAGCUGCCUUCGGUGGAGGAGGUGGUUUUGCUGCGCCUACCUUCAGUGGAGGGGGUGGUUUUUCUGCAGCUGCCUUCGGUGGAGGAGGUGGUUUUGCUGCGCCUACCUUCAGUGGAGGGGGUGGUUUUUCUGCAGCUGCCUUCGGUGGAGGAGGUGGUUUUGCUGCGCCUACCUUCAGUGGAGGGGGUGGUUUUUCUGCAGCUGCCUUCGGUGGAGGAGGUGGUUUUGCUGCGCCUACCUUCAGUGGAGGGGGUGGUUUUUCUGCAGCUGCCUUCGGUGGAGGAGGUGGUUUUGCUGCGCCUACCUUCAGUGGAGGGGGUGGUUUUUCUGCAGCUGCCUUCGGUGGAGGAGGUGGUUUUGCUGCGCCUACCUUCAGUGGAGGGGGUGGUUUUUCUGCAGCUGCCUUCGGUGGAGGAGGUGGUUUUGCUGCGCCUACCUUCAGUGGAGGGGGUGGUUUUUCUGCAGCUGCCUUCGGUGGAGGAGGUGGUUUUGCUGCGCCUACCUUCAGUGGAGGGGGUGGUUUUUCUGCAGCUGCCUUCGGUGGAGGAGGUGGUUUUGCUGCGCCUACCUUCAGUGGAGGGGGUGGUUUUUCUGCAGCUGCCUUCGGUGGAGGAGGUGGUUUUGCUGCGCCUACCUUCAGUGGAGGGGGUGGUUUUUCUGCAGCUGCCUUCGGUGGAGGAGGUGGUUUUGCUGCGCCUACCUUCAGUGGAGGGGGUGGUUUUUCUGCAGCUGCCUUCGGUGGAGGAGGUGGUUUUGCUGCGCCUACCUUCAGUGGAGGGGGUGGUUUUUCUGCAGCUGCCUUCGGUGGAGGAGGUGGUUUUGCUGCGCCUACCUUCAGUGGAGGGGGUGGUUUUUCUGCAGCUGCCUUCGGUGGAGGAGGUGGUUUUGCUGCGCCUACCUUCAGUGGAGGGGGUGGUUUUUCUGCAGCUGCCUUCGGUGGAGGAGGUGGUUUUGCUGCGGCUGCCUUCGGUGGAGGGGGUGGUUUUGCUGCUGCUGCCUUCGGUGGAGGAGGUGGUUUUGCUGCGGCUGCCUUAGGUGGAGGCGGUGGUUUGGCUGCGGCCAAUGAGACCUUCGGAGGAGGAGGUGGUUUGGCUGCAGCUGCCUUAGGUGGAGGAGGUGGUUUUGCUGCGCCUACCUUCAGUGGAGGGGGUGGUUUGGCUGCCUCUGCCUUGGGAGGAGGUGGUGGUUUGGCUCCGGCUGCCUUCGGUGGAGGAGGGGGCGGUUUGGCUCCGGCCGCUUUGGGUGGAGGAGGUGGUUUUGCUGCGGCUGGCUUAUGUGGAGGAGGUGGUAGUGGAUCCGACCCUAGGGCCGAUACCUUGAGAGCAGGAGGGGGUGGAGGAGGUUUAGGCUUCCCUACGGAAACAUCUACUACACUAUUGUGUUGCAUUCCAAUUACACUCUCACCAUUCUCCCCGGUUACCACUAAAAAUGAAGAUCCAACAAGCACAAUAACCCAAAGGUUAGCCAACACCAGAAAACCCUUUGUUCCCUGGAAAAUACCCAUCUUUGUUUGCCUACCCACCUUAUCUUCUUCACUUCACUCACUUACAUAA